GGCAGCAAUCUUGACCGUGUUUGGAGACAAGUGUUGAACAAGAUUUGGUCUUAUCGGAUGAUCGUCGCAUCACAACACGUAGCUCAGCUAUUUUUAUUCCGUUGGCGCACGUGAUUUCAAUGUCAGUGACCAAUUGAACCCUUGUUCGAAAUAGUUAUCAGAAGGAGAAGCGAUUGAGUUGGAGCUGCGCUUGCUUUUGACACUGUGCCACAUAUUUCGGGCCAGCUUGCUCGCCGACCGCAGCCUGAGCUCUCACAAAGUUGACUCCAUCGACCUGCAGAGAGCAUGGAGCGAGCGGCGCAAGUGGCGCAAGAGGCGCAAGUGGUGAUGGCAGUGCCGCUGGUGCCCGUCCAUGUUGUGCACGCCCGUUUGGUACAAUGUGUGAUCCUACCCAGCCCAACAGAAGAUGUUUGGAUGUGGGUCAAAGAUUUCGAGGACAUGACCAAAGAGAUGACCAUCCUGCAGACUGGCAACGUCAAGGCAUACCGCUGCAAGGGGCAAAUCAAAUGGCUCGUCGGAGCGCUUGUGCGGCCGACUCGCCGUGAGUCGGAAAGUGCCUGCCCUUGGUGCAGCAGGGAGCCAUGCCGCCACAACGCUUGUUCACGCAGCAACUUCGCCUGCCGCUUUUGUCAUUUCUACGCGACUGGCCACUGCUUCGUGAACUUGAAAGAUCAGAACAAGCUCUGAGCACUAAGUGCUAGAUGUGUGAGCCCCUGUCGAAUCCAAUGUUCUUGUCAUAGCAUGGACACCGGCCUACCCUGUUGGGUGGGUUCUUCCAGAAUGAGUGGUUGACGGUUUUUGUACUGGACAGAGGCUGGAGACGUGAAGUUCUUUUGAAGAGCUUUAGGUAGAGUUGGACUUUGCGUCUCACAAGGCCGACAGCAGCAGAGUAAAGCUGCGUGAGCGUGCGCGGUCAUGUUCUCCCUUGCAUUUGAUGCAGGGCUUGGCUCCUGCAAGAUGGCGGCCCUUGGCAGCAAUCUUGACCGUGUUUGGAGACAAGUUUUGAACAAUAUUUGGUGUUAUUGGAUGAUCGUCGCAUCGCAACAUGUAGCUCAGCUAUUUUUAUUCCGUUGGCGCACCUGAAUUCAAUGUCAGUGACCAAUUGAACCCUUGUUCGAAAUAGUUAUCAGAAGGAGAAGAUUGAGUUGGAGCUUCGCCUGCUUUUGACACUGUGCCACAUAUUCCGGGCCAGCUUGCUCGCCGACCGCAGCCUGAGCUCUCACAAAGUUGACUCCAUCGACCUGCAGAGAGCAUGGAGCGAGCGGCGCAAGUGGUGAUGGCAGUGCCGCUGGUGCCCUUCCAUGUUGUGCACGCCCGUUUGGUACGAUGUGUGAUCCUACCCAGCCCAACAGAAGAUGUCUGGAUGUGGGUCAAAGAUUUCGAGGACAUGACCAAAGAGAUGACCAUCCUGCAGACUGGCAACGUCAAGGCAUACCGCUGCAAGGGGCAAAUCAAAUGGCUCGUCGGAGCGCUUGUGCGGCCGACUCGCCGUGAGUCGGAAAGUGCCUGCCCUUGGUGCAGCAGGGAGCCAUGCCGCCACAACGCUUGUUCACGCAGCAACUUCGCCUGCCGCUUUUGUCAUUUCUACGCGACUGGCCACUGCUUCGUGAACUUGAAAGAUCAGAACAAGCUCUGAGCACUAAGUGCUAGAUGUGUGAGCCCCUGUCGAAUCCAAUGUUCUUGUCA